GCCGUGGCGGCUAGUGCCAGGCCGCCGGUUCCGGAGGAGGGCAGGACGGGGCUUGGUGGGUGGGUGGGGAAUGCUGGUAACCUGGCAGCCGCGGAGAGAGAGAAGAUUACAAAUGCCAGAACCAUUUAACUGAUGGAUGCUGAACCAUUUAGCUGCUGAAUGCUGACACUUCUUUAAAUACCUUCUUGCACCAACAUCUUCACUGGGAGGAAUUCAGGAAAAGUAGCAGAGGGAAGGAGAGAUCACAUUUGCAUGUACCAUGGCUAUACCAAUAACAGUGCUUGACUGUGAUCUCUUGUUGUAUGGCCGAGGUCACCGGACAUUGGACCGCUUUAAGCUGGAUGAUGUGACCGAUGAAUAUUUGAUGUCCAUGUAUGGGUUUCCUCGACAGUUCAUUUAUUACUUGGUGGAACUCUUAGGGGCGAGUCUUUCUAGACCUACUCAGAGAUCCAGGGCUAUUAGCCCAGAGACACAAAUCCUUGCAGCACUGGGCUUCUAUACUUCAGGUUCCUUCCAGACUCGGAUGGGAGACGCUAUUGGAAUCAGUCAGGCAUCUAUGAGUCGAUGUGUUGCCAAUGUCACUGAAGCACUUGUGGAAAGAGCCACACAGUUCAUUCGCUUCCCAGCUGAUGAAGCCUCCAUGCAGGCUGUGAAGGAUGAAUUCUAUGGGUUGGCAGGGAUGCCAGGGGUGAUAGGGGUGGUUGACUGUAUCCAUGUGGCAAUCAAGGCACCAAAUGCUGAAGAUCUCUCCUAUGUGAACCGCAAAGGUCUGCAUUCUUUAAACUGCCUGAUGGUGUGUGACAUCAGAGGGGCAUUAAUGACUGUGGAGACCAACUGGCCAGGUAGCCUACAGGACUAUGCUGUGCUGCAGCAAUCCUCCCUCAGUAGUCAGUUUGAAGCCGGAAUGCACAAAGAUAGCUGGCUGCUUGGUGACAAUUCCUUCUUUCUCCGUACUUGGCUCAUGACCCCCCUUCACAUUCCUGAAACUCCAGCGGAAUAUCGCUAUAAUAUGGCCCAUUCUGCUACUCACAGUGUGAUUGAGAAGACCUUCCGAACCCUCUGUUCCCGAUUCCGCUGCCUGGAUGGAUCCAAAGGGGCACUGCAGUACUCACCAGAAAAGUCCAGCCACAUUAUCUUGGCUUGUUGUGUCCUCCACAACAUCUCCCUGGAGCAUGGGAUGGAUGUUUGGUCCUCUCCAAUGACAGGACCCAUGGAACAGCCCCCUGAGGAAGAGUAUGAGCACAUGGAGUCCCUGGACCUAGAGGCUGACCGAAUGCGUCAGGAGCUGAUGCUCACUCAUUUUAGCUAAUGUGAAAUCUGGGGGCGCGGGAAACUUUUCCAGGAGGAGUUGGGACAAACUUUCGCCCUCACCGCCCCAUACAGAGUCCCAUCAUCUAGCAUGAAUGAGUAUGUGGACACUCGUCACAAAUCGACAUUUAAUCUGUGUGUUUUAGAAGGGUUGUGGCUAUGGCAGGAUAUCUUGAUAACGUUUGCAAAUAUAUUAGCUAAACCAAAACAAGACAAUAAAUAGUUCCCUGCUAUCCAGUGAACUCCAGGUUGAGCCCCACUCAUUUGAAAACUCACUAGUAGUAGACAUUUAUGAUUGUGCCCACAAAAUCAAAGCAAAGGGGAAAACGGCACUCAGCCAGAUAUUUUUUGUCUGUUUCUUAAAUUAUGUGGAGAUUUCAAAUGAAAACUAUAUGUGUUGGUCCUGAAUUAUUAGGUGGGAUUAUUAGGUGGAACUUUCUACUUUGCUGCCUAUAUAGACAUCAUCUGAGACAAGCGUAAAGAGUAAAUGUGAGUUCGGGAAUGGUUUUCGGACAUAAGUGAGUGGCUACUAAUCUGAGUUUGCAGCCUUGUGUUUUUAAGAGGAUGCUGGGGACAGUCUGAGACCUCCAUCUUUCUGUAGCAGUUGGACUGUGACUUGGAGUGGGUUUCUAGGGAGAACAUCUGGAUUCCAAUCUCCUCUUUCCAACCCAGAGGAGGAGUUAGAGGAUAAAUGGGUUUAAGACCCCAAUCAGCUCAAAGAAGACAAGUAAAAUAUAGAUAAAAUAGCAAGUUUACACUUUACAGAUCUAAAGACCCUGGUAGAUUGAUGGACAGAGGAGAUUCACCCAGGUUUUGACAGCUCACAUCUAAAUAGAUCACAUUUCUUAUGUUCAUGAUGUUAGAAUAUCCGUUUGGCCAUUCUGCUCUGAAAUUCAUUGUACAGAAAGAAGACUUUGAGAAUAAAAAGAUACAUGAAAGUAGUAAGAAAGUGAAGUAAAAAGAACAUAGUUUCUUGGUGUGAAAUGAAUUUUGGCAUUAGACCUAUUUGGAUAUCUUGCAAAAUCAUGGACAGAAUUUCCCAGGAAAUGAAUAAUCCCCACCAAGUCUUAUUCUAAAACUACACUGAUAUAAAAACAACCUAAUUGGAAUAAAGAAAGUGUGAAUUAGGUUCACACAUUGGUGCCUCUGCUGGGACAAAAAAGAGACUUUCCUGAGGAUUGUCUUGUUCCUGGUUUCUCAUCAACUCACCAUGUGAUACCUCAGAAUUGUCCUCUUGGAUCAUUUCCUACCUGCCUUUGGCAGUGUUAAUCUGGUGAUUUUCAAAGUAAAGAAAUGAACAGCUGAUGACAGAAGAAAUUUGGAAAUAAACUGAGGGUGACUCAUCCCCAAGAUUAAAAACAAUUAUGGAUUAUUAUCUGCUGUUUAUUUCUACUCCAAAUGCUAUUUCCCAUCAUCAUUCUACUCUAUAAAGAGUGGGUCCAUGUGGCAGGAGGUUGAGCUUGAUGUGUACAAUGAUGUCAUUGAGAUGACAAUGGACCGCAAAGAGGUGCCUGAGAAUGUUAGUUCUAC